UGGGUGUUGUCUCCUCAGCUUGCUGCUUGUUUCACUUGUCUGGGAAAUUUUCACCAACAGUUAAUUUAUAUUGUUACAAGUAUCAUGUACAGAGACUUGUAAUAAAACUAUUAGUUUGCUUUUUGCUAGUGAUUUUAAGCUAAUCAGGUAUAGAGAUUUGCUGAUUAUCAUUAAUGUGAAAGUUUGUUUCACAAAAAUAUCAAAAUACUCUCUGAAGUAUUACAGAGAGCUGUUUUUAUAUUUCUUGAGAUCAAAAAAGUCAGUGGUGCAGUUAAGAAAAUGAAUGCAAGGAAAAGCAAGCUGGCCCUAGAAUUAGAGGGAAGUCGUUUGUAUAACCGCCGUAAAAAUUGGACCUUUCAUUCUGAUGAAAAUGCAGAUGCUACUAGCCCUCAGCCAUUGCAUCCUGCUAACUUUACCCCAAGCUCGGUUCAGCUACAUCUUGAGCAGGUUAAUCCUCUUCCAAAACCUCCAAGACAACAUGAUUCUGAAGCCACUGAUAAUGAUGACCGAAGUGAACCUUUCCCAGGCAAACGGGUAACAGAAAUGCUCACGCCAGAAUUAGAGAGAGAAUUUCGAAAUCAAUUCAUAGAAAAUCUUAACCUAGAAGAGGCAUUAAGUGAACGUCCUCCAAGUUUCACACCACCUGAGAGUCUUCACAUCAUGUCUCUGGGGUCCAUGACCUGCACUCGGUGCGGGGACGGCUUUGAACCCCAGGAGAAGAUCGUCAAUUCUAAUGGACAACUGUGGCACACUCAGUGCUUUGUAUGUGCACAAUGUUUCCGUCCAUUUCCUGAUGAUGUUUUCUACGAGUUUGAAGGCCGUAAAUAUUGUGAACAUGACUUCCAAGUUCUUUUUGCACCAUGUUGCAACAAGUGUAAUGAAUUCAUCAUUGGGAGGGUGAUCAAGGCCAUGAAUGCUAAUUGGCAUCCAAGAUGCUUUACUUGUGAGCUCUGCAGCAAGGAGCUAGCUGAUCUGGGAUUCAUCAGAAAUGCUGGACGAGCACUCUGUCACGAGUGCAAUGCUAGAGUCAAGGCACACUCCCAGGGCAAAUACAUGUGUCAUAAGUGCCAUUCAACAAUUGAAGGGCAACCUCUGAGGUGGCGUGGAGACACUUUCCAUCCAUACCACUUUAACUGUGCUUCUUGUGGCAAUGAAUUAACAGCUGAUGCCAGGGAGGUCAAGAGUCGUCCAGGGUACACAGCCAAUGAAAUGAAUGAGUUGUAUUGUUUACGCUGCCACGACAAAAUGGGUAUUCCUAUCUGUGGUGCAUGUCGUCGUCCCAUAGAAGAGCGAGUGGUGACAGCCCUUGGUAAACAUUGGCAUGUGGAGCACUUUGUAUGUGCCAAGUGUGAAAAGCCAUUCAUGGGGAAUCGCCACUAUGAAAGAAAAGGCAUGGCAUAUUGUGAAACUCAUUAUCAUGAGCUAUUUGGAAAUUUAUGCUUUGUAUGCAAUGCAGUUAUUUAUGGAGAUGUGGUGAUGGCCUUGAACAAAGCUUGGUGCAUUCAUCACUUUGCCUGUGCAGUUUGUGACAUUAAAAUGACACAGAAAACUAAGUUCUUUGAGUUUGACCAAAAACCAAUAUGCAAGAAGUGCUAUGAGAAGUUCCCACAGGAGUUAAAGAAACGCCUCAAGAAACAACACGAGAUCCAAGCCCGUGGUGGCAAACCAUUACCAUAAGUAUCAAUUUUUGAAGACUACUUGAUGUUGAAAUCUACCAGCUUUUCUUUGUAUAUCAGUGGUUAAAUAUACCAGCAAGUAUGUGAAUAAGACAAUGUGCAGUUUAUGACAUUUAUUGAGAAGUUUCAUCCCCAAGGACUUUAUUGGUGAAGUCUCCUGUAUGCAAAACGUCUUCUCAAUACAUGCCAUACACCACAUGGUGUCCUGUUUGCAUGUAGCUUUUUCUUGUAACAAUAAUAAUGUAAAUCGUAUCUAAUUCAAAAUAACUUGCUUAUUUGUCCCUAAAUCAUAGAAUAUUAAAUUUCAUAUUCUUUUGCCCGAGGGAUGCAAGUAACUUUGGGUUUAGAUUACCAGGUUUGGUACAUAAAUAGAUUAGUAAAAUUUUAAUUUACUUUUUUAUUCACAAAUAUUUCUCAUUGGUUGUUUGCUUUUGCUUGUAAAGUUAUUAUACAGAACUCAUUAGCAGAUAUAUUGUAUAUGCAUGAACUGUGUGAAGACUCAUUAUACGCACAAGAUGGCAUCUUUAACCCUUAAACUGUCCAAACAUAGAUCUACGUUCACGUGCGUAGCGCUCUGAACGUACAUCUAUCCUUUUUUUUACAUGCUUUCAAAUGUAAAAAAAAAACGUAAAUCUAUGUUCGGAGCACUACGGACAUGAACGUAGAUCUACGUUUGGACAGUUUAAGGGUUAACAAAGGCAGACAAGUUACGGAAAAUGCUUAGAUUGGGGCAUAUAUUUGCAGAGGUGAGGAACCUUUUUAUGUUGAAGGCAGCAAUAAAGUUAGCUGUGAUGUAAUAAGGCUGCAUUCAAGAAAUUUUGUUUAUACUGCAAAAUGUGCUAUUUUGUAAAAAGUUAAUUAUUUUAUAAUAACUUCAAGAAAAACAAUUCAUUCAUAAGGCUGCAUUAAUGCUUUAGAAGGCUGCAGGUUCCCCACCCCUGGUAUAGAGCUUUAUUAUGUCUUGACUUGAACUCUACAUAGAGUAAAUAUUGUUCUAUUAUGGGGUUGUUUUGCAGUUUGUCUGUUUUCAUACUUUUUGGCCAUGUACCAUGUCAUUCUAGGAGUCUCUAAUGAAUUAUUUAUGAAAUGUUGGAGCUUAAGUGUUAUGACCAGAAGUUUUUAUGUAUAUUUUUAAUAUUUGGUGUCUUCUCACAGCACAGUAAGGUUGGCUUAUUCAAUCUUUAUGCUCCAUAAUCUUUAGAAAUGAGGUCCUUUGAUGCUGGUAAAAGGUUCAUGACCCAAGGACUUGAAGCUACCCUCUUCCUCACUGGAUCUAACCUUAUUUGGUGUUAUAUGACCCUUAUGGGUUUAGCACUUCAUCAUGAAUAUAAUGUGCCAUAAUAACAUUGAAGAUCUUUUUAAUAAGGUGGUACUUCCAUCCAUGUCUUCCAUCAUCCAUCUUUCUCAUCAUAACAUGAUCUAUAUUUUUACUUAUUCUUGCAAUCCUUUCAAGGAAGGCUGCCUUGAUGCUAGUGGAAGGCUCUUGAUCUUAGGAAUUAGAGCUACCUUUCCCUGUCUUUGGAUCACUCCUUGUGAAAGGCACAAAUGUCAUUACCUGUCUUGGAUCAGAACUGAUGACCUCCCAUUUCUCAGUUGCUGUAUGACCCCUAUGGAUUUAGUGCCUAUUUUCUUAUACUAUAACCAUAAUUACUUCAUAUUUAUUCAUAUUAAGCUUUCCAGAAGUGAUAACACACACAGUGUUCGGAUAUCACAUUCGGUUUUUCAUUUUUCAUUCUACAUUAACUUGAAAAAUUCACUUGUAAUAUCAUGACAUGUACACUGGAUCUGUCCAGAACUCUUGCUUUGCUGUUAUCAGGUCCCUACUUUAAACAAAUAAUGUACUGUAUGAAACCCAAUAUUUUUAUUGGGCAUUCCUUCUAGAGAGAGACUUUUUGUGUCCCCUUCCCUCCCCUAUUCAUUUUUUUUUUUUUUUUUUUUUUUUUUUUUUUUUUUUUUUUUUUUCUUUGGUGGAUUAAAUACAACUUGAAAAUGCUAGUAGGAAUGUCAGUGUAAUUUUUUUUCUUUGUUAUAUUACUAUGAAAUUUUGCUUAAAUUUAGGAGGUCUUAUUAACCCUUUGAGGGUUUUGGUCGUACUAGUACGUCUUACGCGUAGGGGUUUUUGACGUACUAGUACUCAAAUUCUAGCGGCCUCAAAUCUAGUGGGAGAAAGCUGGUAGGCCUUCAUAUGAAAGAAUGGGUCUAUGUGGUCAGUGUGCACAGUCUAAAAAAAAAUCCUGCAGCACACAGUGCAUAAUGAGAAAAAAAAAACUUUGACCAUUUUUUUAAUAAAUCAGCGACUUUGCAGUGUAUUUUCGUAUGGUAUUUAUUGUUGUAUUCUAGUUUUCUUGGUCUCAUUUUAUAGAAUGGAAGACAUAUUACAGAAAUUGAGAUGAUUUUGACUGGUUUUACAAUGAAAGGUGCCUUGAAAUUGAGCUCAAAGUAGCAGAUAUGUUCGAUUUUUACCAAACUUCAAAAGUAAACAAAUCGUGCCAAGCGUGCAAUACACGUCAACUGGUGAGUCUAAUAUUCUUUCACAAGUGCACAAAUAAUAUUUAUACCAUUUUUUACACUAAUGCAGUAGUCUGCAUAACAGUAAAUCUUAUAUUUUUUGUGAGAAUAAAAAUUCAAAGUGGAAAGCAAAAGAAUAUAAGAGGCGCCUUGAGACGUGACUAAUGACUAGAGGAAAUGUCAUUUUAGUGCCAGGAAUGUCUUUCUUGUUUAUUCUGGACUCUAUUCGGAAAUUGGCAUCUUUUGAAAUUUGUGUGAAAUUGGCAAAAUUGCUAAAUUCUGACCACUGUACUGGAUAGUUGAAUUUAUAAAUGGGUGGUUUCUUGCACCCAUUCGAUAGAAAAAAAUGGAGUUCUAGCGAAAUAUUCAUGUUUUUUGUCGACUAGUACAGUGAAAUUGGCCGAAAAUGGGGCUCAAAGUGGGCAAAAUCGCCGAUGCGUAAACAUCGCCGAGACCACUAACUUUGCGAGAGCAUAAUUCCGUAAGUUUUCUAUCAAAUUUCAAACUUUUGGUGUCUUUAUGA